AUGCACGUGACUCAACAACUUCAAUAUGAAGAGAUUCAACAAUUAACCCAUGCAAUUCCAACACCUACAGAAUCGAAUACAAAAGCGCUCAAAGAACGCUUAGAUGCUCCCGCAUAUUUUGAUGCUUCUGACCUCUUCUUGCUUCCAACUGCCGAUCGACCUAUAUGCCUCCUCGUUAGACUGGCCGGCGGGACCAUGAAUUUCACAUUUGAUCCCAUUUGGUCUGAUCUCAUACAUUUCUUGACAUGA